AUGUCCGGGGCCUUCGAGACAGCGGCUGGUGCGUUUGCCGUUGUUGGAGUCGUCGACGUCGUGAUACGAACUGGUCGCGAAAUCUUUGCCUUCCUUUCUGAGGUGAAAGACGCACCAAGUAACAUUGAAAAACUAUUGAGCAGCAUAAAUGACACAGUACAAUUAUCUCAGGCUGCUAAGGCAUGUCUCAGAAGUCUUGACACUCGUCACUCUUCGCUACCUAAGGCUGAAGCUGUACUGUCUCUCGAAUCGGCUAUCAAAGCUCUCAAUCGUGAGUUGCAAAGUCUCAAGGGUAUGACCGCAAAGUUCAGGGGAAGCAAGACAUGGAGUCGAGUCAAAUACGUUCUCAACAAUGCCAAAGUAGACAAAGCGAUCAGAAAUCUGGAAUCGAACAAACUACUUCUUGCUGGUGUUUUGACACUGGCAUGCAGUGAACUGUCUGCAUGUGGACAAGUGGAGACUGUUCAAAGUAUAACCAGCCUCUCAACGACUUUGUGCACCAAACUGGACACUCGAACUCAGGAAAUCAAGCAAAACCUCGAUACACAUCAUCAAAGCAUUCUCGCAAUGCAUACCAAUCAGGAACAAAAGAUCGUGUCAACGCUCAAAGCUCAACAUAGCUCGCAGAGCAAGCAAAACGCGGACGCUAAUCGGAAACUCUUGUCUAGGCUAUCUUCCGCAAGCCUCGAAGUCAUCGCUCGCCAAAAGGAGUUGAGACGUCUAGCUAAGCAAAAUUCCCGCCAUAAUUUGACUGUUGACAAAAGAGUAGAACUCUCCACUCAGACUGCUACACGCCAACACGAAGAUACCAAGGAGUCAAUUUCUAUACUUACGUCCGAGAUUAUGCAACUAAGAAAAUCACUCGGAAUUCGUGCUCCGCAGCCUAUCCAGUAUCAUCGUAACAUUCUCUUCUUUGGAGAGCAUCGCGAUAUGAUUAUAGCGUAUCUAUUGCCUCUCCAGAGCGACCUAGACGUUGCAAUUGAAAGUCUAAUCGUUGACCACGGUCAAGAAAUCUCAGUGGACCAUGUGAAUUGGCUUCAGAUGGAGUUUCGGCGACUUAUUGCUUCAGCAGCGCAAGAGAGCGCGACUCGCUUUCCAGAAUCAACAGCGACACCAAUCGAUGAAUGGCAUUAUCCCAUGAAACUGAAUAGCAGUAGCUCAAAGAUGGGAGUCGAACAGCAACUCAAACGGCCCCACUCAGGCCAUCAGGAUGAGAGCCUCGACACCAAACGGAGGGCUGUCAUGCCACGCUCACAUAUAAGUUCAUCGAAUCAGAUGUGGUCAACGAACACACCUUCCGGAGAUAUCCAUAUCUCGAUACCACCUGCACGAUCCGAUGGGGCCCAUGAUCAGACCGGGACGGAAGUUGGUCUGUCCUGUAUGAUCACUCAAAAUCGCUCGACAUUUGCUGUAAACGCACGAUUCCGCCGCGUUUCAGAUGGGACAUCUCAGCCAAAUGUCCAAACACAACUCAGCGUGUUCAACAAGGUUGAAGGUUUGGACGAUGUAUAUUGGCAACUUUUUCACCAUGGAACCAUUGCCGAGAUUGACUUUGCUUACCGUAAUGGGACAAUCUCGCCUUUCCACGUGGACAAUCAAGGCUUCAACUACUAUUUCAAUACUGCUGUAAGACAGGUCCGGGUCGAUGCACUUGUCUAUCUCUAUACUCAUGGCAUUCGUACGAGCCAAAUCAUUCAUGCUCUUGACCCCAACAAGGAGAAAAGUUUCUUGAACAAUUUUCUGCUCUUUUCAGAACACCAAGUCACACACAAUCCAAAGAUGCGAGAACUGAUAGAACACAUCAGUGAAGAAGUAACAUUUUCUGCUACCACGUUUGCCGACACUGCCCUCACACUAUCUAUCCAAGCAUAUGCUCGAAGAGACUGGGGUAGAGCAUGGCCACUGUUCGUCAUCUGUAUUGAGAUGCUACAAAAGCAGAGACCUGAUCUGCUAAUUGGAUUAUCGGCUGGAUGGCUCAAUGGCGAACAUACGAUGCACAACCGGAUUUGGGAGUACGUGCCACCGAAACAACUACUCUCGCUGUUAUUCAAUGCUGGGGCGGAUAACGAGAGAACAUAUGCUGGAGAACGAAAUGCCAUAGAGUAUUUCAUGUUUCUUCGAUUCGGUCGGACGGUUCAAACAAACCCGAAUUCCCAUUUCCGGACGGAUGCAGACUUCCUUAGUGCCUUGAUCGCGUUCAACGUAUCAUGCACUGGGGCUUUCGUAGAGGCUCGACUUAGCAAUUGUUGGGAUGAAUGGUGUGAGGCACUUAGACCUCAUGGAAAUGAUAUCGCAGAUGCCGUCGAUGAAGGAUAUGCUAUUUCGUUUCUUGAGGCACACGAGAACAGAUCGGAGGUUAAUGUUGGUGGAAUUAUCAAGAGGAAAAGUAAGAGAACAGGGUACUACUAUACUGAUGAUGAGGACGAUGAUGAGGACGAUGAUUGGGAUGACGACGAUGGAGAUGACGAUGGCACGGAUACUGUUAACAGCAGCGAUACGAACUGA